UUCAUAACAAGUUACAGUAACGUUAUAACAGCUUAUAAACAGAAGAUAAUGGGAAGAUUUAUGCAACCUGUUAUAUUAUUGCCAGCCGGUCGCGGACAAUCAUGCCGCCAUUCGUCUAUAGAGGGCCUGCUUGCUGGCUUAUUGGGCGGCUUAUGCUCGCAUAGCUUACUUGAAAAUCAGUGUAGGAGGGGAUGGCCAGUGCUCGAGCCUAGAUUAAGUUACUCCGCUCUAAAGCAACCAUGGAUCCACGUGCUUGACAUGGCUGGCUUCAGACCUGAAGAAAUAAAUGUUAAAGUAAAAGACAAUUUGGUAUCUGUACACGCUAAACAUGAAGAAGUUGACGGCGAAGACGUUGACAUUACAGAAAAGAAACGAUCCGUGCACGUACCGGAAGGUGUAAACGUGACGAAAAUCGCAUGUUUUGUAGAUCGUGGAGGAAAGUUAGUAAUCAAAGCGCCUUUCUCUACAGCAAAACUCUAUGACGGAAGAAAUAAGUGUGAGUUAAAGGUGGAGUCGACAGAGGGUAACACCGAACAAAAACUGGACGAGUCUCAGCGUGAACAGCAGUGUGAUUCAAUGGAAGUUUCAGAAAAGAGUAGCACAGAACCAUUCCACGACGAACUAAACCGAGAAAAAGAUAAUAAUGAACUGCAGCAGCUGAGUACAGAUUGUCCGAAAAGCAUGGAACCUGCGGACAAAGAAACUGAAGACUGUCGGCAAAUUAACGUCGCCGACGAUAUGCUACAUUAUCCGCUUGAAACGAACAUCGAAGGUCAUCUGACCAGUGACUGCACAGAUACGUCUGUCAGUCCGGUGCCUUUGAUAGAGAAGACUGAGGACGGCAUUGAUAACGGAGAACAAGAUGUUGGAACAGAUAUUUUUCUUGAUAAGGGCGAACCUUUGGAAUAUUUAAUGGAUAAAACAGAUAUUGUAGAAAAAAAUGGCCAGAAAUACUUCUGUGCAAAAAUAAAUUUUGAAAACUUUCCUCGCAACAGCAUUCAUGUACUUUGCGAAGAUAAAACCCUUUCUGUUGAUGCAACACGUGAAUGGGAUGAUUCUGGUGUCAAGGGGUACCAGGAAUUUCACCGACAGUAUAAGCUUCCAAACAAUUCCUUGGAGGCCGAAGCAAGGGCUUUUGUUAGCGGUAACGGAAGGUACUUUACCGUGAACGUUCCAAUAAAAGAAGAAUGUAGCACAGAGAAACCAGCAGAAUUUUACAAGACUGUACAGUUUUUGUACCAGGGUAGUAGAGAAGGGGCCUUGGAGGUCGGACAAGGGGGUGUUCUUGGCCACACGCUGAGUGCAUGUGGAUCGAGGGCCUGCUUGCUGGCUUAUUGGGCGGCUUAUGCUCGCAUAGCUUACUUGAAAAUCAGUGUAGGAGGAUGGCCAGUGCUCGAGCCUAGAUUAAGUUACUCCGCUCUAAAGCAACCAUGGAUCCACGUGCUUGACAUGGCUGGCUUCAGACCUGAAGAAAUAAAUGUUAAAGUAAAAGACAAUUUGGUAUCUGUACACGCUAAACAUGAAGAAGUUGACGGCGAAGACGUUGACAUUACAGAAAAGAAACGAUCCGUGCACGUACCGGAAGGUGUAAACGUGACGAAAAUCGCAUGUUUUGUAGAUCGUGGAGGAAAGUUAGUAAUCAAAGCGCCUUUCUCUACAGCAAAACUCUAUGACGGAAGAAAUAAGUGUGAGUUAAAGGUGGAGUCGACAGAGGGUAACACCGAACAAAAACUGGACGAGUCUCAGCGUGAACAGCAGUGUGAUUCAAUGGAAGUUUCAGAAAAGAGUAGCACAGAACCAUUCCACGACGAACUAAACCGAGAAAAGAUAAUAAUGAACUGCAGCAGCUGAGUACAGAUUGUCCGA